AUGGAGGCGCCCGGCGGCGAUCCCGGCGGGGACGGCGUUCAGUCCGACCCCCGAAGCCCCGGCUCCGGCCCGUGCGCUGCCGCCGCCGCCGCCCGCGAGUCCGAACGCCAGCUGCGCCUUCGCCUCUGUGUCCUCAACGAGAUCCUGGGCACCGAGCGGGACUACGUGGGCACCUUGCGCUUCCUGCAGUCGGCGUUCCUGCAUCGCAUCCGGCAGAACGUGGCAGACUCGGUGGAAAAGGGCCUCACGGAGGAGAACGUGAAGAUCCUCUUCUCCAAUAUUGAGGACAUCCUGGACGUCCACAAGGAUUUCUUGGCUGCCCUGGAGUACUGUUUACAUCCUGAGCCUCAGUCACAGCAUGAACUUGGGAAUGUUUUCUUAAAAUUUAAGGACAAGUUCUGCGUGUACGAGGAAUACUGCAGCAACCAUGAGAAGGCCCUGCGGCUGCUGGUGGAGCUCAACAAGGUGCCCGCUGCACGUGCCUUCCUCCUGAGCUGCAUGCUUCUGGGAGGCCGCAAGACCACGGACAUCCCCCUGGAGGGCUACCUGCUGUCCCCCAUCCAGAGGAUCUGCAAGUACCCGCUCCUCCUCAAGGAGCUGGCCAAGCGGACCCCUGGCAAGCACCCCGACCACCCAGCCGUGCAGAGUGCCCUGCAGGCCAUGAAGACCGUGUGCUCCAACAUCAAUGAGACCAAGCGGCAGAUGGAGAAGCUGGAGGCCCUGGAGCAGCUGCAGUCGCACAUUGAGGGCUGGGAGGGCUCCAACCUCACGGACAUCUGCACCCAGCUCCUCCUUCAGGGCACGCUGCUGAAAAUCUCUGCGGGCAACAUCCAGGAGAGGGUCUUCUUCCUCUUCGACAACCUGCUCGUCUACUGCAAGCGGAAAUCCAGGGUCACUGGGAGUAAGAAGUCCACCAAGAGGACCAAAUCCAUCAAUGGCUCCCUGUAUAUCUUCAGAGGUCGGAUCAACACGGAGGUCAUGGAGGUGGAGAACGUGGAAGACGGGACAGCCGACUACCACAGCAAUGGCUACACUGUCACCAAUGGCUGGAAGAUUCACAACACGGCCAAGAACAAGUGGUUCGUCUGCAUGGCCAAGACGGCGGAGGAGAAGCAGAAGUGGCUGGACGCCCUCAUCCGCGAGCGGGAGCAGCGUGAGAGCCUGAAGCUGGGCAUGGAGCGUGACGCUUACGUCAUGAUCGCGGAGAAGGGGGAGAAGCUGUAUCAUAUGAUGAUGAGCAAGAAGGUGAGCCUGAUCAAGGACCGCCGGCGCAAGCUCAGCACCGUGCCCAAGUGCUUCCUCGGCAAUGAGUUCGUUGCAUGGCUUCUGGAAAUCGGUGAGAUCAGCAAGACAGAGGAAGGGGUCAACUUGGGGCAAGCCCUGUUGGAGAAUGGCAUCAUUCACCAUGUCUCUGACAAGCACCAGUUCAAGAACGAGCAAGUGAUGUACCGCUUCCGUUACGACGAUGGCACCUACAAGGCCCGCAGUGAGCUGGAGGACAUCAUGUCUAAGGGCGUGAGACUCUACUGCCGCCUGCACAGCCUCUACACCCCCGUAAUCAAGGACCGUGAUUACCACCUGAAGACCUAUAAGUCAGUGUUGCCGGGAAGCAAGCUGGUGGACUGGCUGCUGGCACAGGGGGACUGUCAGACGCGGGAGGAGGCGGUGGCGCUCGGCGUGGGUCUGUGCAACAAUGGCUUCAUGCACCACGUUCUGGAGAAGAGCGAGUUCAAGGACGAGGCCCAGUACUUCCGCUUCCACGCCGACGAGGAGAUGGAGGGGACAAGCGGCAAGAACAGACAGCUCCGCAACGACUUCAAGCUGCUGGAGAACAUUCUGGCAAAGCGGCUGCUGAUCCUGCCCCAGGAGGAGGACUAUGGCUUCGACAUCGAGGAGAAGAGCAAGGCCGUCGUGGUGAAGUCUGUGCAGAGGGGCUCGCUGGCUGAGAUGGCUGGGCUACAGGCUGGGCGGAAGAUCAUCUCCAUCAAUGAGGACCUGGUGUUUCUCCGGCCCUUCUCAGAGGUGGAGACCAUCCUCAACCAGUCCUUCUGCUCCCGCCGCCCACUGCGCCUCCUGGUGGCCACCAAGGCCAAAGAGACCAUCAAAGUCCUUGACCACCCAGAGGCCUUGUCCUUCCAGAUCCGCGGAGCCACCCCGCCGUGUGUCUAUGCUGUGGGCAGAGGUUCUGAGGCUGCGGCUGCAGGGCUGUGCGCCGGCCAGUGCAUCCUGAAGGUCAAUGGCAACAGCGUCGCAAACGGUGGCGCCCUCGAGGUCCUGGAGCACUUUCAGGCCUUUCGCAGCCGCCGGGAGGAGGCCCUGGGCCUGUACCAGUGGGUGUACCAUACCCAUGAGGAUGCCCACCAGGCACGGGCCAGCCAGGAGGCCCCUGGCGAUGACCCCGGCAGUGAAGGCACGCGGGAGGAUGACCAGCCCGACCCUGCCCUGCCCCUGCUGUCUCUGGGACCCCAGCUGAGCCUGCGGGAGGACAGCGCUCUGGUCAGCCUGACGGUGGACAACGUGCACGUGGAGCACGGCGUGCUGUAUGAGUACUCGAGCACGGCAGGCGUCAAGUGUCACGUGCUCGAGAAGAUCGUGGAGCCCCGCGGCUGCUUUGGACUCACCGCCAAGAUCCUUGAGGCCUUUGCCGCCGAUGACAGUGUCUUUGUGCAGAACUGUGGGCGGCUCAUGGCCCAGAGCAGCGCCAUCGUCACCAUGCCCCACUUUGAGUUCCGCAACAUCUGCGACACCAAGCUGGAGGGCAUCGGCCAGAGAAUCGCUCGAUACCGGGAGUUUGCAGCCCAGCUGAAGAGCAGGGUCAGCCCCCCCUUCAAGCAGGCGUCCCUGGAACCCCAUCCUCUGAGUGGCUUGGACUUCUGCCCCACCAACUGUCACAUCAACCUCAUGGAAGUGUCCUACCCUAAGACCACCCCCUCGGUGGGCAGGUCCUUCAGCAUCCGAUUUGGUCGCAAGCCCUCCCUCAUCGGCCUUGACCCGGAACAAGGCCACCUGAACCCCAUGUCCUACACCCAGCACUGUAUCACCACCAUGGCUGCCCCGUCCUGGAGGUGCCCACCUGCUGCAGACGGGGACCCCCAGGGCCAGAGUCUCAGUGACACUAGAUUCGGGCCAGCCAAUGGCACCUUGAGCCAGGAGGACCGGGGCCUGAGCUUCCUGCUGAAGCAGGAAGACCGUGAGAUCCAGGACGCCUACUUGCAGCUCUUCACCAAGCUGGACGUGGCCCUCAAGGAGAUGAAGCAAUAUGUCACCCAGAUUAACAGGUUGCUGUCCACCAUCACCGAGCCCACCUCGGCUGGGCCCUGUGACCCUCCCUUGGCUGAGGACAGCUCAUCUUCCCCGCUGGUCAGUGAGGAGAGCGAGGUGGACAGGGCUGACCACGGGGGCAUCAAGAAAGUCUGCUUCAAAGUAUCUGAGGAGGACCAGGAGGACUCAGGCCACGACACCAUGAGCUACCGUGACUCCUACAGCGAGUGUAACAGCAAUCGAGACUCAGUCCUGUCCUACACAAGCGUGAGGAGCAACAGUUCCUACCUGGGCAGUGAUGAGAUGGGAUCAGGGGACGAGCUGCCCUGUGACAUGCGCAUUCCGUCCGACAAGCAGGACAAGCUUCAUGGCUGCCUGGAGCAUCUCUUCAACCAGGUGGACUCCAUCCACGCGCUGCUCAAGGGGCCCGUCAUGAGCAGAGCGUUCGAAGAGACCCGGCACUUCCCCAUGGAGCACAGCUGGCAAGAGUUCAAGCAGAAAGAAGAGUGCACAGUUCGUGGCCGGAACUUGAUCCAGAUCAGCAUCCAGGAGGACCCCUGGAACCUGCCCAGCUCCAUCCGAACCCUGGUGGACAACAUCCAGAGAUACGUGGAAGAUGGGAAGAACCAGCUGCUCCUGGCCCUGCUCAAGUGCACAGACACGGACCUGCAGCUGCGCAGGGAUGCCGUCUUCUGCCAGGCCCUGGUGGCCGCCGUGUGCACCUUCUCCGAGCAGCUGCUGGCGGCCCUCAGCUACCGGUACAACAACAACGGCGAGUACGAGGAGAGCAGCCGCGACGCCAGCCGCAAGUGGCUGGAGCAAGUGGCAGCCACGGGCGUCCUGCUGCACUGCCAGUCGCUGCUGGCGCCAGCUUCCGUGAAGGAGGAACGUACCAUGCUGGAGGACGUCUGGGUGACCCUGUCGGAGCUGGACAAUGUCACUUUCUCCUUUAAGCAGUUGGACGAGAACUCCGUGGCUAACACCAACGUCUUCUACCACAUCGAGGGCAGCCGGCAGGCACUGAAGGUGGUCUUCUACCUCGACAGCUUCCACUUCGCCAGGCUGCCCUCCCGCCUGGAGGGCGGGGCCAGCCUCCGGCUGCAUACCGUGCUCUUCACAAAAGCUCUGGAGAAUGUGGAGGGGCCGCCUCCUCCGGGCAGCCAGGUGGUGGAAGACUUGGAGCAGGAGAUCAACGCGCAGUCCCUGGAGAAAGUGCAACAGUAUUACCGCAAGCUCAGGGCGUUUUACCUGGAGCGGUCUAACCUGCCCACGGAUGCCAGCAGCACGGCCAUGAAGAUUGACCAGCUGAUCCGUCCCAUCAAUGCCCUGGAUGAGCUGUGCCGUCUCAUGAAGUCCUUCGUGCACCCCAAGCCUGGUGCCUCCGGGAGCCUGGGCACCGGCCUCAUCCCCAUCUCCUCCGAGCUCUGCUAUCGCCUGGGGGCUUGCCAGAUCGCCAUGUGUGGUACUGGCAUGCAGCGAAGCACCCUGAGCGUGUCCCUGGAGCAGGCAGCCGUUCUCGCGCGGAGCCACGGGCUACUGCCAAAGUGUGUCAUGCAGGCCACGGACAUCAUGCGCAAGCAGGGCCCUCGAGUGGAGAUCCUGGCCAAAAACCUCCGAGUCAAGGACCUGAUGCCCCAGGGAGCACCACGCCUGUACCGCCUCUGCCAGCCUCCGGUGGAUGGGGACCUCUGAGCACCGCCGUGCUGUGUGCUCUGCCACUGCCUCAGCAGCUGCCACGCGGGAGGACCCAGCGGGGCCUGGGCGUGGUCCCAGCCGCGCCGGCAUCUGCCCGGCUCCCCCCGCCACCGCCUUUCAGGACAAGCCUGUGCCCACACUCUCCCGCUGCUGGCCAGUUGCCCUGGGCCGGCAUGUUCGCCACACUCGGUCCCGAAGCACAAGGAGCGCUGGGAUCCGCCGAGUCCCCGGACGCGGGGGAGGUUGGGGCACCGCAGCUGGAGGCCCACGCACCCCACUUCCUCGGAUGGCGCAAGCUGCACUUUGAACCCUGGGCCCCUCCCACUUCACAUUCCAGGAGGCUGCACCCGUCUCCUCCUGCCUGUAGCUUCCAGAACUGCCCCUAACCCCUCACUAACCUGCUCGGCGGACUCAGGACAGCUGGACUUCUGCCAGACAGACGGGUACAGGGCACUGUGGCUGUCCCCUGGACGACAUGCAAGAGCCCCAACAGCUUCCAGCGCCACCCGCUGCCGUGGGAACUCUAGCCAGCAGCCGUGGCAUCUGACUCUAUUUAUAUGGCGUGACAUCCCUGUGGUUUAUAUUUGGGGCUUUUUGUUGUUAUUGUUGCUGUUGUCAAGAGCUUUUUUUUUUUUCCAAAAGUUUUAUGGCUAUAUAUUUGACAUUUUAAAUUUCAGAGAAAAGUAUAUUGCCUAAUGGGACCAACUUAAGGUAGUAUUGACAACUUUACCCAGUUCUACUAAAAAAGAAAAAAAAAAACCUAAAUUAUUGAAAAAAUUUAAGAUGUCAGUAUUUCCUCUUUUUUAA